AUGCACUGUCUUAUGACAAGUUUCGUUCUUGUUGGACUUUUAGUCACUGUCUUUACUAAUGGCUUGUUGUUAAAGUCGACAGAACGUAUUGACUGUUAUCCCGAACGUGAAUCUUCAUUUUCGGAUUAUUCGAAAGAAACUUGUCUAGCACGUAAUUGUCUAUUUGAUGAUAAUGCACUUCCAAAUGUUAUUCAAUGUUAUUUACAACCGAACUAUGGAUACAUUUUACAACCAGAUGUUCAGCAAAUUGAAAAAGGUAUUCGUCUACGAUUACGACGAAAUCAAGCUAUUGACAGUAUGUUUCCUGCACCUAUCGAUAAUGUUACUCUCGAUGUACAGUAUUAUACUAAUGACAUAUUAAGAUUCAAAUUAUAUGAUGAAGAUAAUCAACGAUAUGAGGUUCCAAUACCAUUAUCUUCACCAUCUAAUCAAGUAUCAUCACCUCAAUAUGAAUUUCUAUAUUCAUCAAAUUCUUCACGUGACAAUAUUUUAUCAUUUGCAAUUCAACGUCGCAGUGAUCAAGCAAUACUAUUCGAUACAUCACCUGGAGGUCUUGUACUGAAUAAUCAAUUUCUUCAAAUAGUCACACGGCUUCAAUCAUCUCAUGUAUAUGGAUUUGGUGAGAAUAAUCAUGAUACUUUAAAACACAAUGUCAACGAACAUCAAUCAUGGGGCAUAUUUGCUCGUGAUCAAGGUACUAAUUGGGAUCGAAAUGCAAAUCAUUAUGGUUCACAUCCAUUCUAUCUUGUUAUGGAACAGUUGUCGAAUUCUGAUCAAGUACCAUCAGGUAACAUGCAUGGUGUCUUGUUACUCAAUUCAAAUGCAAUGGAUUAUUCGUUUUCAUCGCUACCAUCAUUAACUAUACGUACUAUUGGUGGUAUUCUAGAUUUUUUUGUAUUUCUUGGUCCAGAACCAGAACAAGUCAUUCAACAAUAUACAUGGCUUGUUGGUCGAUCAAUUCUUCCACCCUAUUGGUCACUUGGUUUUCAGCUUGCUCGUUGGGAUUAUUCGAAUUUAACACACAUGCAAAUGGUUGUUAAACGAAAUCGUGAUGCUGGAAUACCACUUGAUGUUCAAUAUGCUGAUAUUGAUUAUAUGGAUGCAAGAAAAAUUUUUACUGUUGAUCCGGUUAAUUAUCGUGGAUUGAAAGAGUAUUUCGCUCAAUUAAAUAGUGAAGGAGUUCGAACUAUUGUUAUACUUGAUCCUGGUAUGUUUGACGAUCAAGUAUAUUAUCAACCAACAGUUCAAGGCAUUAAUAAUGAUGUUUUUAUCAAAUGGGAUGAUAGACAAACAUUAGUAAAAGGAUCUUGUUGGCCAGGCGAUGUAUUCUUUCCAGAUGAUCGAACUUUUUCUCAUUUUGUUUUGAUAGCUCUAUUUGAUACUAACAAUGAUGCUCCAUGGAAUUGGAUGCAAACUGGUAGUAAUCAUACAUUAAAAUGCCCAUAUAACCAAUGGGAUAAUCCACCUUAUCGAACCAAAGCUGUAUAUCGUUACGAUGGUAAUUGGGACCGAAUUUCUCGUAUUUCUGAUCGUACACUGUGCAUGUCAAUUCAACAAGGUGACAUUGAUCCAAAUACACGUCAACCUAAGUAUCGUCAUUAUGAUGUGCACAAUUUGUAUGGAUGGAGUCAAACAAAACCAACAUUAGAUAUAAUGCGAUCAAUAACCGGUAAACGAAGUAUAGUUUUGCCUCGCUCAACUUUUGUCGGUUCGGGUCAAUGGAGUGGUCAUUGGCUAGGAGAUAAUGAUGCAACAUGGCAUGAAAUGAAACGAUCAUUAAUUGGUAUGGUUGAAUUCAAUUGGUUUGGCAUCCCAUUUAAUGGUGCUGACAUAUGCGGAUUCGGUGGAACACCGAGUGAAGAAAUGUGUAUUCGUUGGAUGCAAGUCGGUGCUUUCUAUCCAUAUUCUCGAAAUCAUAAUGUUCGGGAUACACCAGAUCAAGAUCCAGCAUCAUGGUCUGCAUCAGCUGUGGCUAUCAUGGUUUCUGCACUUCAUAUUCGUUAUACUCUACUUCCUUAUUAUUAUACACUUUUCUACAAAGCACAUACACAAGGUUCAACAGUAAUUCGACCAUUAUUUCAUGAAUAUCCAACAGAUAAGGCUGCAUUGGAUAUAUUUCUUCAAUUUCUCAUCGGAUCCCAUCUAAUGAUAGCACCUGUGACUGAUGAUGGUGCUCGUCAAGUUCAAGUUUAUAUUCCAUCAUCUCCGUGGUAUAAUUAUUAUACGGGUUCAAGAAUUGCUGCACAUAAUCAAUCAAUAUCAAUGGAAGCACCUUUAAAUAUAAUUCCUAUUUUGCUCAAAGGCGGAGCCAUUUUGCCAACACAAGGUUUUGCUAACAAUACAAAACUUUCCAGAGAAAAACCAUUUGGUCUCACCAUUGUAAUUGAUGCAAAUGGAAAUGCAAACGGUGAUCUAUUCUACGAUGAUGGUGAAUCGAUCGAUACAAUUGGGUCAAAAGCUUAUUUUUAUGCAAAAUUCAAUUGGUCAUCGACAGAUGGUCAAUUGACGAUGAAUGUCAUUGAAAAUAGCUAUCCGCAUAUGUCAAAUUUGAUUCUGGAUUCGUUGACUUUCUAUGGACUCAACUCAAUACCAGCCACGAUUGAUGUUAAAGGAAAACAAUUUCGUCCAGUUUUACGGCCUGAUACAAACAUAGUUGAGGUUACUGGUUUAGGAUUGUCAAUGGAUGAAAAUCAUAUUUUCACAAGCAAAGGCAUGACUACUUUCGUUCAUCAUUAUUUGCUUUUCGUGUGCUUUUUUCUCUGGGUUAUACAAGGUCUUCAAAUCGAUCAUUGA